AGGUGGGGUCUGUCCCAUGUGUCGAAUGUCUGAUGAAGAGAAGAGGGGCACAGCACAGUGAGUAUGAAAGGACACAGAGUGCUACGCAGAGAGAGACUGCAGGCAUGCAGCAACACAGAGCGGCAUAUAUGUUUAAAGAGGCUGCAGCAGAGUGGGCUGUUGAUGAGGCGUAUUAAGCAUAAUAUACUUGGAGACCUGACUUUAGAGACCUGUCAAACAUGUGAUUGGACAAAAACACCACAAACAUACAGCAUGUGACUUUGCGGUGGAGUUUACGGACCCUCACCAUGCUCUCUCUGUGGAAUCUUUAUCUUCUCCUCCCCCUCUCAUUGCCUCUCUCACUUCAUGUCACAGCCUUAACUGGAGAAAAUGUCAAGGAAACACAACAGCUAGACACAGACACGGCCGUGCAGCAUCUCACACAGCCGUCACAGAGAGUGCAUGGAUCUGGUUUAGCUCCGGUGAAUCCCCUGUUUGGACCCGAGAAUGUUGACUUCCUGGGUCUACCUGUGAGUUGGCCCUUAUUGUCAUCUGAGGAAUCAGAUAGACAAGGUGUGAUCGGGGAGUACACUGAUUUACAAGAGAGCACAGAGGCAUCUCUUGUGAAUCCCAAUGAGAAGGGACUUUUCCUAUCCAGACCCACAGAUAGUGCUACAGAAGAUGCUACCUCUAAGGAAAGUAAACAACCAAUAAGGUCUUCAUCAGGAGCAGUACCGCCUCAACCUACCCAGGAACAAACAGUCAAGUAUCAGCCAGCUGAGACCAGCACUGGCUCUAUAUUGAAUUCUACACAGACUGGAAAGAAUCAGCUAACUUUCCCGGCCUCGCAACACAAGACAACUGAUAGCCACUUACCUUUUCUUCUGUCUGGCUCACUUCCAUCAGACGGACCAGACCAGGACUCAACUUCACCGCUGUCUGCUGGACCUGGGCCCAGCCCUGAGCACACCACUCAGCCCAUUGCCACUAGCAGCUGGGCAUGGACCACGGACCUUUCUGUUACCACACAGGGAAAGACACAGGAGGGGACUGUCCCAGUGAAAGAGACUGGAGAUGGAUUGGUUGAUAUUACUGACCGUGUUGUACACAGAGGAGCUGUUAGCAUGGAGGCAGAAAAAGAUGACUCCAGGCACAAUGGCCUGCCUGUCUCAAAGACCAGUAGCACACUCUUGAUUGAUGGUAACAUGGACACAUCUGCAACACCCUGCAAAACAACAAACCAGUCCUGGACUCCCACCUACCCAGACGAUUUUACUCCCGACGAGUCCCUGCGCCCCUCUCUGGCUCUCAGCCCUGGUCUUUACGUCCCUCUGUAUUCGGACUGGAACUCUGCCCUUGCCACAUGGGGAUUUGCAUGGGAAGCUCAUAUCUAUGGCCUAGGGUCUGUCUUCACUGUGUUCAGCCUAAUCUCUGUGGUCUGUCUGUUAGGCCUUCCCUUGCGGUGUCCCCCAGGAAUCCCCUACUUCACCCUCUUGCACUUGUUCCUCCUAGCAUUUGCAGGGAUCCAAGCUUUCUGUUUGCUCUAUGAUGCUUAUAGUCACCAAGACCGUCUCCCCCCUCUGGGCUCUCUGAUGCUCUCUGAGUUACCCUUUCCCUGUUUGAUCUCAGCCUUCUCCCUGGCCUUCCUCCUUCUUUCAUUGCGCUCACGCAUGCGUCUUUCACUCCCACUUGCUAUUUCCACCUCAUUUUCAGCCUUGCCCAAACCUCGCCUGUUACUGUGUGUGUCCCUGUUACAUUUCGGAGUCUCUUUAGGGUGUGUUGGCCUGCUCCAGCUCUUCCACAGCCUCCCCACCAUGAUCCUGAUCUCUCCUCAUGGUCUGUUUGUGUUUCUAACCAUCUUUCUCUCAUGCUCCUACCUCAUCUUCUAUUGCUUAAUAAGAGUCGACACAAAACACAUCUACAGGCUGAAUGACAAUGGAGAGACUGGAGGAUCUCCUGAAGUGAUGCGACCUGCAAAUUGCCCCUUUGCCAAAGUGGAAGACUGGCACAGGGCAGCAGGAGCUGGAGUAGGAGCUUCGUUGUGUUUGUUAGGGUGUGGGGGUCUACAGCUUUAUGGGAUCCUGCAUGCCCUUGGUUUAGGUGGUGUUGAUGGAUAUGGGUUCCAGCCCUGGUCCUGGUGGGGCUACCAAGUAGGCUGCAGACUCUGCGAGAUUGGGGUGUGUCUAGGUUUGUCUCUCAUUGGCACACACCCUCUAUUCUGUCACAACAACUCCUCGAUCAAGACCAUAACUCACCCUCGGCCAGGAUCCUGGUCCCGCCUCUCCUGCAGCUCCCCUUCACGAGGGCUAACCCUUCCCUCUCAUGGAGGCGCAAACUCUCCUGUUCUCUCUUCACUUGAUUCCUGGUCCCAAGGUAAGCAAGAAAAGCUGGUGGUCUGUGAUGUCAUCAGUAAGGGACAGUCAGAGGCUCUUCCUCUUUGUUCAAUUGUGGAUCCUCCUGGAAAUGGGCUAGAUUGUCUCCCAAAAUCCAGCCAAACACGGACUACUAUACUACCUCUACCUACACCCCCAAGCCCACCUCAUAAGCCUAAAAAUGCAGUUGAGUCUGAGCUAUCUUCACUGGAUAGCUUAGGUCUAGAGACUGACUCUACUGUGGACCUGCGGCCCCCAUCUCCCAUAGACUUGUCUCGCAGUAUUGACCAGGCUCUGUUCAGUGAGUCCCUGUUCUCGCACAGUAUUUUUGGUUUGCCAAGGCUGUUCCAUGCUUCUUCAAGCCAUUCCUUGAGUUCUCCUAGCCAAGGUACAUCAAAGCAAGGUCCCAGUUCUGUGGAAAAUGCUUUAUUCCGAACCUCUUCCUGUGGAGACAUGGAUCAAGAGAAAGCCCUGCCUAGUUCUAGAUCUUCCCAGCCACAGCCAGGCUCUUUGACAUCUCAAAGCAAGACACCAGAGCAAUGGGACUGGAAAGAUAGUGUUUCUGGAUCAACCCAGGGUCUGUGCAGCAAUCCUAAGGUGACAGGAAAGCUGCGCUCACAUUCCUGGGCCAACAGAGGGCAAAGCUUUGCUCAGCACAGUCUUCCACGAGCAAUUCCCCACCUGUCUUACCACAGGCGUUACCGAACCCUGAGCUUGGCCUCCCAGGACAUCCAGGGUUCUGGCCGACUGGCAGGGACUAAACACCUGAGUGAAAGCAAACAGCUGGAAUGGGAUCUGGCUGUACAGGCAGAGUUUGUCAACGUGUGCAGACAAAUUGAUGCUCUGAGUGUUUGCAGUGACACCAUUGAAUUGUAGGAAGUCCAGCUGUGAGUGGAAUGCAACCGACAUUGUAGCAGGAAAUAGCAGAAUCUGAUUGUGAUUUAAAUUGUACAUCAUAAAAGUCAUACAGGUGAAAUAAUUACCUAACUAAUGAAAGGACAAUGGACAUUAUUGAUGCAAUAUGUAGACCCAACUUAGUCUCUGCUGACUUUGUCACAAUGUUUUCAGCAACUUAUGCCCUUAAAAUAUUGUUGUAAAAUUUCAAAUCUAAAUCUGUGCUCAUUCCACUUCAGGAGGUGUAAUAUUUGUAUAACUGACAUGUUGAGCUUUUUGACAUUGAAGCUGUCCUGCAAAAAGAAACUCCAAAAGUCUAUGAAAGGAAUAUGAAGAAAAACGUUCUUCAUAUCCCUUUGGACAAACAAUAUGGAUUCAAAAAAAGUUUAAUUUAACACUGUUGAUGUACUUCUGUGUUUUCCGCAAAAGAAAAAGUAAAACAUGCUCAUUAACAUAUAAUGUGAUAAUUCCAUUUGACCUCUUUCCAUUUGUGAUAGUAUCACCUCAGACACAAUUUCAUGUACAUUGGUAAACAAUAUGAAGAAAUAUUAAAAUCUCAUUGUGAGAGGGAGCUAGAAACUACAGUCUGUUUGUGACAGUGAAGCAUAAUGUUUUUGCCAUCACAUGAUCAGUACCUUGAUGUCCAUUAAGUGAACAGAGUUGGUAAACUUAUACUCCAUCAUAGGAAAAGACAUUUAGGUAUUUAGUAGUUUUCACACAGGAUAAUAUGUUCUCUUAGUGUGGUGCAAUGAACAUGGAAAUUUGAGGAAAAAUCAUAUUUACACAGGAUGAGUUUGUGUUGCUUGCUUAGCCAACCAUUUGAGUGGUAUUGUUUUUUAAUUUUUACAAAAUUACAUUUACUAUAUUUUUACAAUAUUGACCUCAAGUGGUAUUAACACAAUUUUCUGGAGAUAGGACAAAAAAUGUUGUCAAAAUUAUCUUUAUUCAUGUAAUACUAUUUACAGUAAAUAUAAUUCUGAAGCCUUAGUGUGAAUGAUAGACAAAUAGCUCAUUUAUUUGGUUGGAAGUUAUUGCGUAAUUCAGAUCCAGUGUUUAUCAUAGAGCAAUAUAUAAUACCAAAGAUGUGAACCUUCUAGAAAAAGAAGAAAUCAUAUUUUAAAACUGGAAUAAUCUUUUUGUCUAUCAUUCUACAAAGAAAUAAAUCUAGCCCUAUGUCAAUGACUCACCAUUUAAUUUAUUUAAUACUGAGCCUGAAAAAAGACACAUAACUAUCUGUAUUAUAUAUUAUGUACAGUUGAUAGCCAUAUAAUUAACAAUGUAGUUUUGCAAAAUGAAAUUAUGGAAGGUCAUAACAUGUCAAGACUCAUUUGUAUUAUGAAUAUGGGGAUAAUGUAUGUAAUUAUAAUCAGAUACUAGUAAAUGGAUUAUAAUCAGAUAAUAGUAAAGUAAAGCAUGGAUACUC